AGGCGCUGCAUGGCAUUCGUUGUUAAAAACGAUUGAGUUGUAUAAUCCUUAAUGAUAAGGUGAAUACAGUAUGAUUAAUUUACGGGAAUGUAUGAUGAGGGUUUUGUUAAAGAAUCGAUGGCAAACAAGAGUGAAUGGGAUUUUGUUUCGUUCGAAAAGUAGCGGAGGACGCCCGACUGUCGGGAUAAUAGUCAUUGGGGAUGAAAUUCUAAAGGCACAAGUAAGGGACACAAAUUCCACAUAUGCGUGCAAGCUGCUCCGUGAACACGGAAUCAAAGUUGAAAAAAUUUCAAUUGUACCAGACAAUCUUGAAGUCAUUGCAAAUGAAAUGAGAGACUUUUCUAAGAGAUUCAAUUACAUUUUUACAUCCGGUGGUAUAGGACCAACGCAUGAUGAUAUUACAUACGAAGCUGCAGCAUUGGCUUUUAAUGAUACGUUGUAUUAUCACCCAACCUUAGUGGAUAUCAUACAGAAUUGUUUCAAUUGUGGAAGUUUUCCAUCACCAGCUUAUAAAAUGGCACAUAUACCAACUAAAUGUGUGCUUAAAUUUGGGAUUAAUGAGACUACAGGUCAAGCACUUGUUUAUCCAUGUGUGGUAAUAGCAAAUGUUUACAUUUUUCCUGGAUCACCUAUGUUCUUUGAAAACUUGUUUCUGGCUGUGUGCAAGGAAUGUUUUGUUGGUUACAAACGUUUUGCAACACGCGAAAUUUACAUAAACGCAAGGGAAGAAUCGUUUGCUGAUAUUCUAAGUGCAGUUGCGCAGGAAUGUCCAAACGUUUCGUUUGGUUCGUAUCCAGAACGUAAUAGGUAUUACAAAGCACGUGUAACCAUCGAAAGCGAGAAUGAAAAGGACACGGCAACAGCUAAGAGAAUGUUUUGCGAACGUAUUCCGAAAAAUGUACUGGUAGAUUACGAUUGUAGACCAUACGUCGAUUGUCUGAGAAAGUACGAAACUUUGAUUAAAACGUCUGAGCGUCGAUCCGUUUAUGAGAGUUGCUUCAAGAAAUUCGUAAAUUACUACGAGAAACCUGAAGAAGUAUGGAUAUAUUUGGACGGCAGCGAAGAGUCAGUGGUCAUGAUACAUUUUGCUCGUAUCGCAAAUGAUAAACUGUGGCAAGGUAUUAAGGGGAGGAAAUUACAUGCAAUUUGCUUAAAUUCAGAUACUUUAAAGUCGGCUGUAAAUAAAUUUGUCCAUGAAGUUUGCGAUAGAUACGACGUCGAGUUAGAGAGGUUAAAGUACGAGAAAACCGACCUCGCAUCGUCGCUUAAAAAUGUAAUGGUAUGGAAGCCGGAAUUACGAAUAUUGCUGGUUGGAGAACGGUUGAAGGGCAAUGAGAGAAAAAUUUACGAUAACGUUAGACUAUUAAACGAUAACUCUUCGAUGGCUAUGGAAGUACAUUUUCCUCUUACCGAUUGGACGGACGAAGAUGUUAGGAGUUUCUUCAAUUCUUUCUCUUUACCUUAUUAUACGAUAGAAAGUUAAUGAAACCGAUUGUAUUUUCAUACAUAAGGGAC